UGUCCAUUUAAGAGUCUGACGUUGUUCAGAUCCUCCCAAAUAUUGGGUCUUACGAUUUGCUCAAUGGACAAGCAAGGAUAUUUCCCUCUCUAUCAAAAAAUAUGGCUCAAGCGUACAUUUCAGAGAGUAAUAGAUUCCUUGAUUUUACUCCUCCUUCUCAUGCUUCUCAGUUACCGUGUUUUCUCAAUCAAAAACUUUACUUUCCCAUGGUUCCUUGCUUUCUUAUGUGAAUCUUGGUUCACCUUCACUUGGAUUGUCAUUCUCAAUGCCAAAUGGAGUCCUGCAAUAACCAUAACCCACAUAGAUCGUCUCCUACAAGGGGUACUUGAGCUUCCACCAGUGGACUUGCUUGUGACAACAGCAGAUCCUAUACUUGAACCCCCCAUCAUCACAGUGAACACUGUGUUGUCUCUUUUGGCUCUUGAUUACCCUGCUAACAAGCUAGCUUGCUAUGUUUCCGAUGAUGGUUGUUCCCCUCUUACCUUCUAUGCCCUUGCGGAAGCCUCCAAAUUCGCCAAGUUUUGGGUACCUUUUUGUAAGAAGUACAACGUGCAAAUUAGAGCACCCUUUAGAUACUUCUCUGAUGUUGCUACUACUAAAAGUGAAGAUGCACUUGAAUUCAAACAAGAAUGGUUAAGGAUGAAGGAUAUGUAUGACACUCUUAGCCAAAAAAUUGAAGAGGUGACCCGAUUACCAACUCCAUUCCAACUUGGUGGAGAAUUUUCUGUUUUCUCAAAUACAGAGCAAAGAAACCAUCCAAGCAUAAUUAAGGUUAUAUUGGAAAACAGAGAUGGUCUUUCUGAUGGGUUGCCUCAUUUAAUCUACAUAUCUAGAGAGAAGAGGCCACAAUAUCCACAUAAUUACAAAGCUGGAGCUAUGAAUGUGUUAACAAGGGUCUCUGGAUUAAUGACCAAUGCUCCCUUUAUGUUGAACGUAGACUGUGACAUGGUUGUGAAUAAUCCAAAGAUUGUUCUACACGCUAUGUGCAUUUUGAUAGACUCAAAGAAUGGAAAAGAAGUCGCUUUUGUUCAAUGUUUUCAGCAAUUCUACGAUGGAAUAAAAGAUGACCCUUUUGGAAAUCAAUGGGUCACUGCAUUUGAGUACAUAAUACGAGGCAUGGCAGGACUACAAGGACCUUUCUAUGGAGGAACAAACACCUUCCAUAGAAGAAAUGCUAUUUACGGUCUAUCUCCUGAUGAAAAUGAAACCGGGAGAAAAGGAAAAUUAGUAAAUAAGAUAUUAACCCAGCAAUUUGGAAGUUCGAAGGAUUAUGUCAAAUCAGUAGCUCAUGCUUUGGAAGGGAGUACAUACCCUGAAAAUGAUAUCAGUCCAUCCCACUUUAUUGAGGCAGCAACUCAAGUUGCUAACUGUGAAUAUGAAAAUGGAACAUACUGGGGUAAACAGAUGGGCUGGUUGUAUGGAUCAAUCUCAGAAGAUGUACCUACCGGCUUGAAUAUGCAAAGCAAAGGAUGGAGAUCAGAAUGUUGUACUCCAAAUCCAAUUGCCUUCACGGGUUGUGCUCCUGGAGGAUUACUCUCUACAAUGAUACAACAAAAGAGGUGGGGCUCAGGCCUCACUGUAGUCUUCUUUGGAAAACAUUCUCCCAUUAUGGGCAUCCUCUUUGGUAAGAUCCAACUGAGGGCAGGCUUGUCCUAUUUUUGGCUCACCAAUUGGGGCUUGCGUGGUUUCUUCCUAGUUUGCUAUGUUGCUCUACUUGCAUAUUGCAUGAUUACCAACACCACUGUCUUUCCCAAGGGACUUGGCAUUUGGAUUCCAAUUUCUCUUUUUGUGAUAUACAAUGUACAUACUCUAUUAGAGUACCUUAGAAUUGGGUUGUCCAUACAACAUUGGUGGAACAAUCAGAGAAUGACCAUUAUGAGAACAACAACUGCAUGGUUUAUUGGAUUUUUGAAUGCCAUGCUUAACCUUCUGGGUAUAUCAGAUGCUAUAUUUGAAGUAACACAAAAGGAAAAUCCAACUUCUAGUGCUAAUGGAAAUAAUGCUGAUCCUGGAAGGUUCACCUUUGAUGAAUCCCCAGUUUAUGUGGCAGGCACGACCAUUUUGCUGGUGCAAUUGACAGCACUAUUUAUAUGGUUUUUUGGGUUACAACCAACUCAGAAUGGGAAUGGAUCUGAACUUGGGGAAUUGAUUUGUAUUAUGUAUUUGUUAGUGUGCUAUUGGCCAUAUUUGAAAGGGUUGUUUGCAGGAGGAAAAUAUGGGAUUCCCUUAUCCACCAUAUGCAAGUCAAUAGUGUUUUCAUUUGUGUUCGUAUAUUUAUGUAGAAGCAACGUUAUCGAUGAUGACUUGAAUUUUAUAUAGAUAUUGUUCUUAUCUAUAUAUCUUACCUUUGGGUGCUUAUUGUAUCUUAAUUAUUAAAUGAAUGAAAGAUGACAAAAUUGAUUUGGAGAGUAUCAUCAGUUUCUAGUACUGCUCCUACCUGAACAAAUCAAUGAUGAAUUUUAAAUUUGU